AUGACCAGGACAGAAUACGCAGAGCAUGCCGAAUUUGAGACUACCCGCAGGCUUUUAGCAUGCUUGAUCAACGAGGGCCUUGUCGAAUUUGUUCUCCAGAGGCUCGAUUCCUCAAAACAGAGGGUCUUAUGUCUUCGAGCGCUGAGCCACAACAGUGACCUGUCAACAAGCUCCCAGCUUGUAGUGGGCCUCAACUCAAAUUCUCUUGUUGAUGAAAAUGGAAAGGUUUGUUGUCCAAUUGCGCCGGAACAGCUUGAGCUACCCGUGAAAUUGGAAAACAGAAAAGGCGAUACGGUAUACGAGACGAACCCGUCAAAGAUUCUUGAAAAAAUUCAUGAAUGGAUCCCUGAGUCUAUACCCAACAUUCCGCUUCUGGAGACCACAAAACAAAUGCUGCAAAAUUCUGCUGAAAAUCAAGAGAAAUGGCUUCAGUUCCACCAUCAGCAAAAGCCCUGUGACCUGAACAGUUCAGCAAUUGAAUGGGAAAGGACUAUCAUCUUUGGCCAUCCCGAGCAUCCUCUUCAUCGAUGCCUGUACCCAGAGUCACCAUCAUUAACUGGCGCAGGUAAUCUGAUCACCCCAGAGCUAUCAUUUAUCUCCAUUCCAGAUGAACAGCUUGAGACCACGGGUCCUUUUACACCAAGACUUCAACCUUUAUUGGAAAAGCUGGGCCUCUCUCAAUCCCUUCCAGGGCAAACCAUCAUUCCAUGCUUUACUUCAAAUCUCCCACUGGUUCUUUCUCGCCUACCACGGGCCACGCUGGUGCAGAGCUUCCAAGGCAUCGCUGACGGUCAAGCCUCGGCGCGGUCUGUAUCCAUCAAACCCCAAUUUGAUUACAAUCACCACCUGAAAAUGUCACUGCCAUUCCAAAUAACGGGAGCUAUCCGAAACGUCAAGCCAUGGCAAGCAUACCAAGCUACCUACAUGACGGAGCUCGUUGAGCGUCUCGCACACCCCGAUCUAUGGGUAAACAGGGAAACUGCGACAAUCACCGGUGUUAACAUGGACGUGCAGGCGGCACGAACUGUCUGCUGUAUUCUGCGCGAGGAUUUGGAGCCUCGAGCUUUGGCAGAAGAUCAAUCGUUGAUUAUCGCAGCGGCACUUUAUCACCGUCCUGCUGGAGGCGCUAAAACAUACGCCGAGACACUUUUCGGCCUAGAAAGUCAGGAAGACAAGUGCUCGUGGCUUCAAAAGUACAUGGGCCUCCUAUUCCAGCUAGUCAUACCACUCUUAGGCCGUGGCAUUGUCCUCGAAACUCACAGCCAGAAUGUUCUGGUCCGAGUUGACCGACGCAGUAAAUCGCUAGCCGGCUUCGCCAUCCGGGACAUGAACGGAGUCAAGAUCCAUGUCCCCACUCUCCAAGAGCAAGGAAUCACCGUGGACGAAAGACUCGCUCAAAUCUCCGAAACAAGAGCCGCAAGCCUCGAAGCUCUAUGGAAAAGAGCCCAUCGAACUCUGAUCCAAAAUCAUGCAGGGUUUCUCCUACGCAGUCUUGGCUUGGAUAACAGCCAGGGUUGGUCGAUUCUUCGGGGUGAAUUGGAAAAGGUCCUUUUCAGUGAUGCAUGCCCGAUGGGUUCGGAACUUCGUCAGUUCUUUUGGGGCCGGAACAUGGGUUACCCUUGUUUCCUGGGUGCUAUUCUGCGGGGGAAGCCGUUGGAGCUUGAGAUCAUGCAGUAUCCUAACAUCCUAAUGAGAUGA